GGUAAAUGAGAUCCCCCUCCCCCCCUUCCACUAGGCGCGGGUACCAUACACGCUGCCUGUUUUUAUCUGCUUCGACAUUCUCACAGGGGACAUUCUAGGUGCGCGCAAGUGUAGCUUGCCGCCUAAUUCCACAGUAUACUCACACGCUUCUCACUUAGCACCUUGCUUAGAGAUAGAGACCAUGCCCGCGAAGGCGAAAGCGAAGCACCCGGCUAAGGCUAAGGCCCCGGCCAAGCCUAAGGGGAAGGCGCCUCCCCACAAGGCUAAAGCUGCGAAAGCCGUAGCCAAACCGGCCGCGAAGAUGAAGGCUCCGGCCUUGGGGGCCCGGGAAGUAGAUGAAGAGGAAAUUUGUGCGGCCCUGUUAGCGGAAGAAGGGGAAGAAGAGAUCCCGGCCCGCAAGGGUCCGCCGCCGGUCAAGAAGAGAAAGGUGGCGCAGGAUUUCAGUGACAGUGACGUCGAGGCCUUUGGGAUCUCUCGCUCCGAAUUAUUAGCACAUCAGCGGGCGCCUUCCCCGCUUGAUUCUCUGUCCUCGGUAGAUGUGCCUGCGGAAAGUCUUGCGCGGGCUGUUUUGGACUACAACGGGGUGAAGUCGUUCCACAUUUGCAGCGCGCCCACCUGUCGGUGGUCGCGGCGUUAUUUUGGAGUUUGUGUGCCCGCUUUGCCAUUGUGCCGUACUUUGAGUGGCUCCCCUCCGGGGAAAAUGUUGCGGACGCAACUACCCGCGACGCUUUGUGGGCGCAGUUUUGUCGGGUAGCCCGGGUGCAGCUGCUCUCCUGUGGAGCUUUGACGGACGAAAUUCAGAGGUUCCUGACCACAGUGGCUACACCACUGGAAGACCCUUGCGAGUUGCUCCAGUCGAUUCCGGCUGAGGAUUUGCUUGCUCAAGUUUGAGCACUUCAGGCUUUCCUGGGAGUGUUUUUGUACAUGUGAGCGGAUUUUGUGUGCAGGUACUUGUCGAUGGCAUAUCCACUCUGUUUCAUGGAUU